AUUCAUUGCAGUGUUUUUUGUACACCAGAAAGUAACAUUUCAAUUCCAUUUUAACGGUUCUCAAAAUGCGCGCGCUUCACAAAUUUCUUUGGCUUUUGGUGGCAUUUACAGUUUCACCAACACUAAUACUUGCACGUCCCAGUGAUGAGCUCGCCUCGCGUCUCGCAUUUCUCGUAAUGGAUCCAGCGAAUGAUGAACGUUUCAAUGAAAUCGAACAUUCUGGCAUGGGUGAGAUUUACUAUCCCGAGACGACGAUGUUCGAAAAACAGCGGCAACUCGGCAAAAAUAUACUUCCGAACUUGAAUGUGACAACCAGUAAGCCGGAUGACAGCGAAGAACCGACGGAAGACAAGAGAAGUUUAAUGCGUUCGAUGCUUACUUCGGUGUUCAAUUUUAUGCAGCGCUUUAUCCUAUGAUUACGAGAGUAGUGCGACUUCAAAUUCAUCAUAUUUUACACUCUCUGUUUUUGUUUUUUGCGUACUUUUCUACAUGCGAAUUUCGUGCGUGCGUGAAGUUGAAAAUAAAGUACAUAACAUACAUACGUGUGGAUGUAUGUAUGUAUGUAUAUACUAUCGUAAAUACGUACUAUGUAAUGCGUAUAUGAAUAAGAUUUAUAUGUCAGUGUUGAAGUGCAAAUCAGCCACUUAUAAGUGGAAAAUAAAAUUUUAUUAUGUUUUUUAUUACUUAGAA